AUGGCAAGCAUUGCAUUUCCCGAGCUCGCUAAGCUCCACACUCUCUCAACUUCCCAUACAUACAAUUAUGUCUACCACGCAGCAACUGCUUCACGAACAACCAUCCUCUUCCUGCACGGGUUCCCGUCUUCCUGCUAUGACUGGCGUCACCAGAUCCAACACUUUAUCAAACUAGGAUAUGGAGUCCUGGCGCCUGAUCUACUGGGGUAUGGCGGCACCUCCAAACCCACCGAGGUGGAGGAGUACAAGCUCAAGAGUAUGGCAAGGGAGAUCAUCGAAUUACUGGACAACGAGGGUCUGAGACGGGUCCAUGCCGUGGCACACGAUACUGGAUGUAAUCUCCUUUCAAGACUAUCAGACUAUUACCCCGACCGUCUGCUCUCAUGCACGUUUAUCGCCGUGCCCUACUCAAAGCCGGGAGAGCAUUUCGACUUGGACAUGGUAAACAGGUUUACGAAGCAUUUGUUCGGAUUCGAGAAGUGUGGAUAUAUUGAAUUUUUCGUAGAAAAUGACGCAGGCAGUACUUUGGAUCAGCAUCCGGACUCGUUCUUCACACUGUUCUACCCCGACAGCUCAGACUUGUGGGCUGAGCAUCUUGGCCCUGCAGGCGCCAUAAAGGCAUGGCUUCAGAAUGACAAGCACGGUCCUUUGGCGUCCUAUGUUAGCGACGAGGAACGAGCUAUGCACAACAAGAUCUUGCAAGGCCACCACCAGCCAGCGCUCAAUUGGUACCAUGCUCAUGUCAGGAACGUGAACAAGGAGGACGAGAUCGAAGCAAACAUCGAUGCAAAACUCAAGAUGCCAGUUCUCAUGAUCGGCCCACAACCCAACAAGUUCGAGAUACCCGGGUUCCUCGAACAGAUGAAGGACUUCGCCGAGGACUUUAUGCUCAAGCGAGUGAGUACGACAAGUCACUGGAUACAGCUUGAGGCAAGGGAAGAGCUGAAUGCUAUGCUCGAAGCAUUCCUUGCACGUCCUGAUUUUGCUGGUAAAGUAUAG